UGUCCUUUUCCAAACCAACGUCCUCUUCGUCUCCUCCCUCGGCCCCCCUCGCCCUCCUCCUCCUCCUCCUCCUCGUCGAUCCCCAAAUCCCAUCCAAACCCUAAUCCAACCCUACCAAUCUCUCCGAUCCCCGUGGUUCAAUGGCGAUCCCCGUCGCCUCAUUCGCCGACGAGGCCUCCGCCUGCACCUCCGCCGCUGCCCUCCUCCUACGCGCGACCGCGGCGGCGUCGCCCUCGCACUACCUCCUCGCCGCGCUCCUCCUCGUCCUCGUCGUCCUCUGCCGGUUCCUCGAGAUCCACCUCCUCCGCGACCUCCUCCGCGGCCUCCGCGGCGACCCCGUCGCCCUCACCUUCGAUCCCGCGUCCGAGAUCUACCAGGGGGUCGCUUCCAAGUGCCGGAGCAUCCACGGAAGGUAUUUGGCCACGCCGUGGCUCGCCAGUCCCCAUUUUCAGACGGCAUUCUUGAACUUCUUUGGGAGGCCUCCUUCUUUUACCUACAGGAGGCAAUUAUUUACUGUCCAUGAUGGAGGAACAAUUGCUUUGGAUUGGUUGCUUGUUUCUGAUGUUGCAGGAGAUUUUUCUAGCACAGCCAAGGUCAUUUCUAAAGAUGAUACAACUCCUCUUGUGGUUAUCAUUCCUGGACUGACCAGUGAUUCUGCUGCUGCUUAUGUUAAACAUCUAGCUUAUUCAAUGGCAAGCCAUGGAUGGAAUGUUGUUGUAAGCAAUCAUAGGGGUCUUGCAGGCAUGUCCAUUACGUCAGAUUGCUUCUACAAUGCUGGAUGGACAGAAGAUGUUCGGGAAGUUGUUAAUUAUCUUCAUCGAGAGCAUCCAAAGGCUCCACUAUUUGCUGUUGGGACCAGCAUAGGCGCCAAUAUCCUGGUCAAGUAUCUUGGAGAAGAUGGGGAGAAUACGCCUGUUGCUGGUGCUGCAUCUAUUUGUUCUCCAUGGGAUCUGGUGGUAUGCGACAGGUUCAUAUCUCGCAAGCUUGUGCAAAGGUGCUAUGACAGAGCACUCACGAUUGGUCUCAAGGGUUACGCUCAGCUACAUCAGCCUAUCUUGUCUCGACUUGCAAACUGGGAAGGCAUUAGGAAAUCGCGCUCUGUAAGGGACUUUGACAACCAUGCCACUUGCCUAGUUGGAAAAUUCGAGACUGUAGAUACAUAUUACCGCCGGUGCAGCAGUGUCAGCUAUAUUGGGAAUGUCUCAGUGCCGCUAUUAUGCAUCAGUGCUUUGGAUGAUCCAGUUUGCACAAGAGAAGCUAUCCCUUGGGAUGAAUGCAGAGCCAACAAAAACAUUGUUUUGGCAACAACGGCACAUGGUGGGCAUCUUGCAUUCUUUGAAGGGCUAACAGCAAAGAGACUUUGGUGGGUUGGAGCUGUCCGAGAGUUCCUCUCCGUUCUACACUACAGUCCAUAUAUGCAUGGACAGAAAAAGACGCCACACCCUGGCUUGCACUCUUCAUUGGAAUCUUCCAUUGAUAAGAGUCCAUAUGUAAACAUAAUGGAAGAUGGAAUGGUCGCCGCAGUAUCUAAUGAUGCAGCAGAAAACAAGGACUCAACCGAAGACCAAACAACACAUGAAACGAAACCCGAAGAUUUCGCGGCGGCGGUUGGCGAACAACACGAAACCGGUAUAGAUGCGAGCACGAACUCUAAUCAUUGCACGGUAAAUUCUUUAGAAGAAAAAGAAGAGAAGGGCGAGGCAAAGAACGUAAACGAGGCGAUUGCCCCUUUAAGAAGAUCCGUAAAUCAGCUCUCGCGACGCCACGGGAGGUCGAUGUGGUUGUUUGCGUACAUCGCCGUGGUAUCAUCUUGGCCUCUUCUUGGUUCUUUAUUAUUUAUUGUCUUCAGAAAGAAGUUCAUGAAUUUAGGAUGGUUUACAAGAUGAAAUGGUGGUCACAAGUGCUUGUAUAUUUGUUUGCUGAGAACUUAAAUUAAAUGCCAAAAUUAAAGGAAAUUGAGUUUUAAUAGGCAUGUAUGUAUCAUUUGAUGUGCUUUGAUCAUCACUGCAAUAAAUGCACAAUUAUUCAUCAUCAA